AUGCUGCCAACUAGGCUUGUACGGUCUAUUCUCACAAGACCAGCAGCGCUAGCCGUGCCCAAGAUGGCCGCCACAGAGACGAUCGACGCGGGCGAUGCCCUCCCCGCAUAUAUUGAAGAGGUGGCCGAAGCUGCCAGCGACUUGAAAAUCGAGGAGAAGAAGCCCGAGCGAAGACGGCGAGAGAAACAGUCGAAGCCAAAGCAAAUGGCGAGUAACGGCCUGUCAGGUGCCAUCAUCACGCCCAUCGGCGACCCCUGGCCUCGACCAUACCACUUUGAAGACGGGCUGCGUCGCGUGCACCCGUACCAUUAUACAUACAACACAUACUGCAAGGAGCGCUGGAGGGGAAUGACGCUGAGUAGCAUUUUUGAAUCCGAAUUCCGCGACCGACCGCUCGAGUACUACCGCAAGUCUAUGGAAACCGGCGACAUCUUUGUCAACGGCCGCAACGUUGGACCCGACUAUGUCGUCCGCAAUGGCGACUUGAUCUCGCACACGCUGCAUAGACACGAGCCGCCAGUUACAGGAGAGCCUGUGGGAAUUGUGCACGAAGAUGACGAGAUGAUUGUCAUUAACAAGCCAUCUGGUGUUCCCGUGCAUCCUGCCGGACGGUACAACUUCAACUCGACGGUUGAAAUCAUGAAGGCUGAUCGCGGGCAAGACUUUUUGGCUUAUCCAUGCAACCGCCUAGACCGUCUAACGAGCGGUAUCAUGUUUAUUGCCAAGAAUCCAAAAGCGGCCGAAGCCAUGGGCAAAGUAAUUCGCGGCAGAACGGUGCGCAAAGAGUACCUGGCGCGUGUCGUGGGCAAGUUUCCCGACGGCGAAGUUGUCUGCGACCAGCCCAUCUUACAAAUAUCGCCCAAGCUAGGCUUAAACCGCGUCCGAGCAAACGGCAAGUCGGCACGGACCGUGUUCAAGCGCUUGGCAUACUACCCUCCGCGAGAGGGCGAUCCAGUACGACAUGUCGUUGAAGGAGAAGUGCCUGAGGAUGGUCGUCCGUGGGAGGCUAAACAGGGCUACUCUAUUGUCCGCUGUCUUCCUGUGACUGGACGUACGCAUCAGAUCCGUGUACACCUGCAAUACCUGGGCCAUCCUAUCCAGAACGACCCAAUCUACGCCAACCAGCGCGUCUGGGGAUUUGACCUGGGCCACAACGACGCAGAGGGAACACACAACACAGACGAGGACGUUAUAUCGCGACUAUCCAAGAUGGGCAAGGAGGAAGUAGCCCAAGCAGUCACAUAUUACGACGAAAUGGUGGACAAGUACGAGAAGCGACGAGCCGAAAAGAUGACGGGUGAGCUCUGUGAGGUGUGCGCAACACCGCUAUACUCGGACCCUGGCUCCCACGAGCUGUCUCUUUGGCUUCACAGUCUGCGGUACGAGGAUGCCAAUGGAAGCUGGGCCUACAAGACGGAUAUGCCGGCGUGGGCGAUGCCUCCAGAGGGCAUGUCGGGCCCAACCACGGUCGGAGGCAUGGAGGAACUGGUGCAGGCCGUCAAGGACGAGAAUCCCGAUAUUGCGUGA